AUGUCAGACUCCAGGAGGAAACGCUACUCGAUCAACUUCUCCGCGCCGGCGUCGCCCGCGUCGCCGUCGCUCGGCGCGUUUCCCUUCGCAGAACAGGCGCCCGCGGUGCGGCCGGCGUCUGCGCGCGCGCACUCCGCGCGGCCCUCGUCCGCGUACGGGCUCAUCGGCGGCGCCAGCAGUGGCGGCAGCGCCGCCACCGCCGCAACUGCCGCCGGGCAGUCGUUUUACCGGAUCCCCAACGACGACCAGCGCAACGUGUCGCUCGACUCGCUCGCGGACUCCUCGUCCAUCAAGCUGCUCCUGAUCGGCGACGCCACGGUCGGCAAAACCGCGAUGAUCCUCAGCUACUGCAACGAGCUGCCCACGCGGUCGCAGGUCAGCCUCUUCGCCAAGGACAGCGCGCGCGCGCCCUCGCUGCAGGCGCGCCGCCACAAGCGCAUCCAGAACCUCAAGACCAUCGAGAAGCGCAAGCGCUACAGCCUCAACGACUACGAGGAGCUCUUCACGCACCCCGCCGCCGCGCGCGACGCGCCAUCGCUCUCCGAGGACCCCGACGCGGCGGGCCUGAGCCCCGACGCGCCGCCGCGCGAGGACCCUAACGAGAUCAUCAUCGACACCCGCAGCACCAUCGGCGUCGACAUCCGCACCAACCUCGUCAACAUCGACCACCGCUACUUCAAGGUCACCAUGUGGGAUACUGCUGGUCAGGAACGCUACAGAAACGCGAUGAUCCCCUCCCUGUACAAGGGCUCCCACGGCAUCCUGCUCAGCUACGAUAUCUGCAGCCGCAAGAGCUUCCACAACUGCCUCGACUACUGGCUCCAGGAGGUGCUCAACUGCUGCGCGGGCGACAAGAAGCUGCGGCUCUACCUCGUCGGGAACAAGAUCGAUCUCUACAAGGUGCGCCAGGUGACCCACGAGGACGUGCUGCGGCUCAUCGCCGAGGCCGAGCAGAAACACGGCGUCAAGAUUGCUGGCAAUUUCGAGGUGAGCUGCAAGUGGCACCAGGUCGUCGAGCGCACCUUCAACAUCAUCAUCAAGGACCUGGCCGAGCACGGGUGCUACGAGGACGACCUCCACCGCCACGGCGACUCGCCGCGGCCCACGCACACGCGCGCCUCGACUUCAACCCGCACGCCCACUCCGACGCCGACCCAGGCCCAGGCCCAGGCCCACUCCUGCGACUCCUGCGGCCCGGUCGCCAUUCCGGCCGACGUCCCCAUGGAGAUCGAGAGAAGGGGCUCCACCAUCGUGCGCAGAAGAUCGAAGGAGCCCCCAAAGACAAUCGACAUAUCAAAGCCCCUCGACCCCGGGGACAGCAGCGGUAGAGCCGCCUGCUGCGUGUAA